UCAGUAACCUGACGUACACAGAGGUCAAAGAUUAGCUGUCUCUUCAGUUUGUAUUUACUGAACUACAUUAGUUUAUAAGUGCUGUGAAAGAAGAGCAUGAUGAGGUUGCUGGUAAUUGCAGUCAGUGUGCUGCAUUUAGCUUUCAGUAUUGACCUAAAAGCCUCACAUGGAAGUUUUUCCACACCUGGAUUUCCAAACCCCUAUCCCAAUAAUAUCAAGCGGAUAUGGAACAUUACAGUUCCUGUGGGGAACAGGAUUAAGCUUUACUUCACAAACUUCAAUCUAGAACCUUCCUACCUGUGUGAAUAUGACUACGUUCAGAUUCUCACGGGAGGGAAUGAAACGGCACGGUUUUGUGGAGAGAAUGGUAUAGACACUGAGGAGGCCCCCGGGGUUACUGCAAUCUACUCAACAGACAACACCAUGACAGUCAUUUUCAGAUCUGACUAUUCCAACGAGAAGAGGUUUACCGGCUUUACAGCUUUCUUUGCAUCCGAAGAUAUUGAUGAAUGUGCAAUCACAGAGGAUGGAGAGCCUCUCUGUGACCAUAAUUGCCACAAUUACGUGGGGGGCUAUUACUGCACCUGCAGAAUGGGGUACUUUCUCCAUUCCAACACGAGGACAUGCACUGUCAACUGCAGUGGGCAGGUAUUCACCGGACGAUCUGGAGAGCUGAUGAGUCCGGAGUUUCCCUCUUCCUACCCCAAGCUUUCCAGCUGUGACUACCACAUUAGGGUGGAGGAGGGCUUCAGCAUCGUACUGGAGUUCGUGCAUUCCUUUGAUGUAGAAACUCAUCCAGACGUAAAAUGUCCUUACGACGUUUUGAAGAUUAAAGCACAGAAAAAGGAGUAUGGGCCGUUGUGUGGAACAUCACUGCCGUCGAAAAUGGAGACAGGAAGCAAUGAGGUGGAUGUUACUUUUACAACUGACUCCUCAGGGACCAACACUGGAUGGAAAAUCAUGUACACAACCACAGCUAUGCCUUGUCCUGAUCCUGUAGCGCCUCCCCAUGGUCAAAUCUCCCCGUCCAACACAAGAUUCAUCUUCAAAGAUCGCAUUAGGCUAACUUGUGAGCUUGGAUACGAGUUACUGCAGGGGAAUGUAGGACUGUCAUCGUACGAAGCAGUUUGCAAGAAAGAUGGAACCUGGGACAAACCGAUGGCCAGAUGCAGCUUGGUCGACUGCACACGUCCAGAUAGCAUCUUCAAUGGCACACUUGACUUCACCACCACGACCUACCAGUCUGUUGCACAUUAUGGCUGUAAUGGCCCUUUCUAUGUCAUGAAAGGGAAUGGAGACGGAAAGUACACGUGUGCCCAAGAUGGCUACUGGAGGGACUCAGAGGGAAGCAAUGCAUUGCCGCAGUGUGAACCAUCUUGUGGGUCUCCAACAGUUAGAUCACUGGGACGAAUUAUUGGGGGACAACAGGCGCUGGAGAAACAGUUCCCGUGGCAAGUCCUGAUGGAGGUGGGGGGAGAUUUUAAAGGAGGAGCCACACUCCUUUACGACAACUGGGUCCUGACUGCCGCGCACGUGCUACACAACCACGGAGACGCCGCCAACGUGAGGGUGAAAAUGGGAACCAUUCACAGGGGGGACAGUAACGCUGUACUGGGUGUGACUGAGAAAAUCUUCAUUCACAAAGACUACAAGGACGACAAUAUCAACUACGAUAACGAUAUUGCGUUGAUCAAGCUGGAACACAGAGUGCCCAUCAGUGAAAAAAUCAUGCCUAUCUGCUUGCCAGGUAAAGAAGACAGGUUUGUUGUCAAACCUGAAGAGUAUGGCAUAGUGUCUGGAUGGGGUGUGACACGAGCUUCAGGUUUAGGACGGGGUUCUCUUUCACUAAAGUAUGUGGACUUGCCAGUGGUUGACUUUGAAACAUGCAAAGCUGCCUAUCAAGGUAAAGUGUCAGAGAAUGGGCAGCCUCUUAUUGUCACCAACAACAUGAUAUGUGCCGGAUUCAAGGCUGGCAAAAAAGAUGCCUGCUCUGGCGACAGUGGUGGCCCUUUUGUUUUUUAUGACCAGGAAAGAAGCAACUGGUUCCUUGGAGGCAUAGUCUCCUGGGGAUUAGAGUGUGCAAAGGCUGGGCAGUAUGGGUUAUACACCAAAGUGACCAAUUACCUCCCAUGGAUUGAGGAUAUUAUUUCAAAGAACCGUUAAAUUUGAAUCAUCUUGUAUAUAACACUAGUGUCUUCUAAUAGGAAUUAUAUAUCCAGAUACGUUUUUAAUCUGGAGGGGAACAUUGAUCAAUGAAUGCAGUAAGUAAAAUGCUAAAUAAAUACAAAUACAUUAAUCAUAAAAAUCGUAUUCAAAAUUUGAAUUAUUUUCAACUGCAACAUUAAUUGAAUUAGGCUCCUCUCUAUAUUAUAGAAUGGGUGUUUUCAAAAAACUUUACUUUGCGCUUCUUUUAAAGUCGAUUAUUAGAGAGCUGUAAAACAGAAAUUCUCAAUGAAACAGGAUUUAAUCUCAGAGUAAGGUGUAAAUUAAAGUUUGGUGAAUAGGGUCCUGUACUACUGCUAAAAAGUACUCUGAAACAUGUAACCUUUCAGAUUUUUAGCAAGACAAAAAAAUUGCUUUUUCAUACAUGUUUCAUAUAUAUCCUUUCCUGCAUGUUGUGGCCAGACCUGUCUUUCUCUAACUGAGAUAAGCUUCAGACAUAUUCCUCAAAGCCUCAUCCACAACCAUGCUGUUACUGGCUCACGCUUCACUGGUGUGGAAUAACCCAGAGUGAUUCGCUCAAUACAACAAUUAGGCAGAGUAAUACUAAUGCUUUAUUACACAUCAAAAUCAGCAUGCAAUACGAAAAAGGCACUUUAUGCAUAAUUACCAAUUUUGGGGGUGACAUGGUGUGCAGUCCUCAUUUCUCUGGUCCAACAAAUAAACUCUAUACCAGCUUUUUUAUACCCAACCAGUGGCACACUGUUUGUACCACAUAAUGCUUUGUUGAAUCGAAAGAAGUGUUUUAUAUGUUGCAGAAUGGUAAAUACAAAGUGUCAGUUUUGACCCUUCAAAGAAUAGGGGUCUCCUGACCCUUGACGAAGGGCUUAAGCUCAUUCAUUUUGUUGGCUAAUAAAAUGGCUCUAUCCACCCA